UCACUUUUAUCAGUAAAAUUCAGUAUGAACACUACUUAAGCGAUCCGAUCCCAUUAUUCCCAUUUAAAUUUGUUAAUCAGUUAAUCCGACUGUUAGGUUCAACGAUUAUUUCCCUCUUUCUUCGCUGUUGAUUGCAUAUGCAUUACUUCGCACUCAAAUUCCUCUCUCAUCAGGUGCAAAAGGAAUGGAUGAAAGGAAACAAUUUAGAUUGGAUGACUUGUUAGACAUGAAGUCUGAUAGCAUUUUGCUAGGUAGGAUAAGUUUGCUGCCUGAUGAACUUCUCCUACAUAUAUUAUCCUUUUUGCCAUUGAAACAAGCUGUGAGUACUGGUGUUCUUUCAAAGAGGUGGAGGAAUUUGUGGAUGAAAUCUCCUAGUUUGUCAUUUGAUGCCUAUAACAUGUUUGGCCGGGAGCUCAGUUAUGUAGAGCAGCGUUUGAGAACGCGUCAGUUUGUUAGAUUGGUGGAUGGGGUUGUUAGCCAGUUGGUGUCACCUUCAAUUUGCGUUUCUACCUUUGCAGGGCACUAUGAACUAUCUGAGGAAGUGGUAUGUUACAUUGAUCGUUGGGUCUUGUUUGCCCUUAAGUGCAAUUUGCAAAGCCUUAACCUACAUUUCCGAAAGGGAAGUGCCAUCGGUUCGUGGCUCUUUCCUCCCCAAGUGGCUAGUCCUCAAACCAAUCUUUGUUGUCUAAGCCAGCUUCGUUUGGGCGGAUGUGAAGUUGUUCCUGCUUUUAGCGGUUUCAAGAAUCUUAAGUUGGUAUCUUUGACCAAUGUAAUUGUUACAGACCAAGCUUUUGAGGAUCUGGUGUCAAAUUGUUUGCUUCUUGAGGACUUGUUUGUUUGCUCAGCUGUGAAUCUGAGAAGUAUAAGAAUCCCGGAGUCAUUGAUCCGGUUGAAAUUUUUGCACAUAUACCUUUGUCAUGAUUUAGUCAAACUGGAAGUUAAUGCAGGAAAUCUUGCAUCUUUCACAUAUAUUGGACCAAAAUUAAAAUUCUCCUUUGAAAAUAUCUCUAAGCUUAGGGUGCUGCGUCUGGGAUGGAUAGAUGAGAUUUUUAGCCAACUAAUGAGUAAAAAUCUAUUGCUCCAUACUUUAAUCUUGGAUCUUGAUCUUUUCUUCGAGAAGUUUGAUAUGAAUUAUGAGAUUUUGCCUGUACUGGCCAGUCUUAAGGUAUUGAUUAUGUCAGUUGUUCGUCUAACUGGUGCUUUUACCGGGUUCACUAAAUUGCUUAGAGCAGCCCCUUCUCUGUAUAAGUUUGGGUUGCAUUUAAAGGGCCCUGACUUCUAUACUCCUGAAUUGGAAAAGGGUUUAAGAAUAGAUUUUCGCCAUGAACAUCUUCGGGAGAUUGAGCUCAGUGGCUUCUUGGGUAAAAAAGGGCAUAUUGAACUAGCUCUUUUGCUGAUUGAAUCAGCAGUUGCUUUGGAAAAAAUGAUUGUUGUUCCCGCUGGUAAAAGGUUGUACCUCAACAAAUGGGAGUGCGACUUGCCAAAGCCAGAUGAGCUUGAUGCCAUCCGAAAAUGCACUGAUCAGAUUUCCAGUAAACUUCCAGCUGCAGCUAAGUUAGAAAUCCGUGAAUUUUGAGUAGCUUGCUACACCUGGCUGAACGUUUUGAACAACUUUCAACCAUAAAAAUGUAUGUCACUUCAUAUGAGAUCAUUUGCAUUCUUUCUUAUAUUCAAUUUCUAUAGUUUAAUUUUUUUAUUAUACUUGUAUGUAUUUCGUAUAGCAGCUAAAUGGCUGCAAUGUAUUGCGCUGGAAUAAUUUUGAAUAAGUAUUGUACGUGUUGGGAGAA